AUGAAAUUCCUACAGCUACUGCCCAGGAAAUCUGGGGGACUGGAAAUGCUUUUUCAAGCAUAUUUUGGCCAAAAACAAGUCCCAUAUAUGUGCCUGACUACUUCCACCUGCCUUUAUAGUAAGAAGAAAAAAGUGAAUGGUUAUGAACAUGUUGAUCAAGAAAAAUACAAGAGUUUGGUCUAUUCUGUGACAUCUUUCAAAACCAGCUCCCAAACACCAGCAACAUUAUCUGAAGAAGAUAAUUUGUUAUAUGGGCCGGCAGAUAAACAUAGAUCUCCAGUUAAAAAUGUUGAAACAAAAGCUCCAAAAAACUAUGUUCCGCUCAUAAACCCCAACAAAAGAAUUACCCUUCUGGACAGUGGCUCUAACCUUCCCCUGAAAAUUGGCUUGCAGAAAAACAAAAUGCCCAGUGUUACCAAUAUUCUUCAACAGACUAUGCCUCCCCAGCAAGCCCUUUACCUGGAAAAAUGGAAGCAGAAAAUGAUACUGAACCUUGGGAAAGAUGGUUUUGCAGAGUACAGCAAAAAUCUUUUUCUCCAAGGAAGUCUCUUUCAUACAACCUUGGAAUCUCUGUUACUGUCUGAGGAGACGCCAGCUAAGGGGCAAGGAGAAGACGCUGCUGUUUCUGGCUACUUAUCGAGUGUACAACACAUCUUAAAAGAUAUCAGCGAAGUCAAAGCCCUGGAAAGUGCAGUUCAGCAUGAGUCUCUGCAGUACCUGGGCCUGGUAGACUGCGUGGCCAAGUAUCGAGGCCAGUUAUGUGUGAUUGACUGGAAGACUUCAGAGAAAUCAAAGCCAUCUCUGCAGAACACUUUUGACAACCCGUUGCAGGUUGCAGCAUAUAUUGGAGCCAUAAAUCAUGAUGUCAACUACAACUUCCAGGUGAGUUGUGGACUCAUUGUUGUUGCCUAUAAGAACGGCUCUCCGGCACAUCCACAUUUCAUGGAUCCAGAUCUGUGCUCUCAGUACUGGAAUAAGUGGCUUCUGCGCCUUGAGGAAUACAUGGAAAGAAACUGAUCCAAACUAAGCUGCACAGAAGCAAGCAGGUUGAGGACAGAGCCAAAGAACUU